GUCGAGGUGGUGCGAUACAAGAUUUAUUUCAAGAAUCGACCGGAGCCGGUCAAUGACCUUUAGGGGGGGGAACGAGGAUACAAACGAGUGCAGUGAUCUUGUGACAUGCACAGGCUUGCUCCAGGCUACAGUAGCUGCUGGAGAGCUGGUUCAGAUGAAACCUGCCUUGGCGGGAGCAUGUCAUGGAGAUGUCAGAGGCUGAACCUUGUUGCUGUCGUCGUCCAAACUCAAGGGGAGAAGGGGAAAACCUUGCAACGACAAUACAAUCCUAUCAUGGCGAUAUCGGAGCAGAUCUGGGUUUCACGACAUAACUCAAACACGCGGUCAAAGAUAUAAGACAGGGUUAAAGUGGGCAAGAAAAAAAGGUCUGGACUAUGAGGCGUGCUGUCUACCGGUGCACGGGUAAAGUCUAUCCCCACUUCAAUCGCUCCCUACGAGUUGUAUCAUUGCCAUGGCUAUUUUGUCUCAGGCCGAGGAGGAGAUCUCUCCUUCAAACCUGGGUCCAGAAUACGUGGGCUUCGACCAUAUCACAUGGUAUGUUGGCAACGCGAAGCAGGCUGCAAGCUACUACGUCACGCGCUUGGGCUUCGAGCAUGUUGCAUACCGGGGACCCGAGACGGGGUCUCGGAAUAUCGUGUCCUACGUGGUUGCCAAUCACGGCGCCACCUUUGUCCUUACCUCGCCCGUUCGUACUCCGUCGGAGACAGAGGGCGCUGUGUCUGAGUGCGAUGAGAAGCCCUCUCUAGCUGAGAUCCACGCUCAUUUGACCAAACACGGAGACGGAGUCAAAGAUGUCGCGUUCAGGAUCGACGGUGAUGUGGAGAGUGUCUGGAAGAGAGCGGUCGGCAACGGUGCAACUUCCAUUACGCCGCCUCAGAUUUUAGCAGACGAAGACAGUGGCAGCAUCAGCGUGGCUACUGUAGGGGCGUAUGGAGACACGACGCAUACGCUGAUCAGCCGGCAACACUACUCAGGGCCUUUCCUCCCCGGCUACAAGGCGGUGGUUGAGGAGGACCCCAUCAAUCGACUCCUUCCACAGAUCGACUUUAUCGAAAUCGACCAUUGCGUCGGCAACCAGCCUUGGAACGGUGUCGGCUCCAUCGUGAAGUACUACGAAGACUGUUUCAACUUCCACCGGUACUGGACCGUGGACGACUCGAGCAUGUGUGGAGAAUACUCGGCCAUGCGCUCCAUCGUCGUCGCCUCACCCAAUGAAGUGAUCAAGAUGCCCAUGAACGAGCCAGCACCGGGGAAGAAGAAGUCCCAGAUCGAGGAGUGCGUACCUAGCCCAGCCCAUAAACUGCCGACCGCAACCACAAGCUUACAAGAAUUUACCAACAGAUUUGUCGACUUCUACAACGACGCUGGGGUCCAACAUAUCGCAUUCCGAACGCACGAUAUCGUCACGGCCGUCAGCCGACUCCGGCAGCGCGGCAUGUCCUUCCUGCGCGUCCCGGACGAGUAUUAUAUCGACCUGCGGCGGCGGCUCUCCGAUGGUGGUCCGCGGAUCGCAGAGGAUAUCGGGCGAUUGCGAGAGCUGCACAUCCUGGUGGAUUUCGACGAGAAGGGCUAUCUGCUCCAGAUCUUCACCAAGCACGUGCUAGACCGCCCGACGGUUUUUUUGGAGGUGAUCCAGCGCAACAAUUUCGAUGGAUUCGGCGCCGGGAACUUCAAGAGUCUGUUCGAGGCCUUCGAACGAGAGCAGGCGUUACGGGGGAAUUUGUGAUUGGCAUAAGAUAUCUUGCAUUGCAGUCUGAACAAGAAAAUCUCAUUAGAUCAUCACAAAGAAAGAUCGACAAGGAGGCACAGGACAGGUAUUAUUCCGCAGCGUCGGCAAGGAAAAUAGCCGGAGUGGGCGCGGCGGAAAGGGAGCGCGAGGAAAGAAUUCCGCGAUCGAGGAGUCGUCGUCAUCGAUUGCCCCUAGUACUGUACAGUAACCAGCCACUGGGUAUACACAAACAAGCAAGCAAGAACAAUAGAUGCACCACCACCUGCAUGCCG